GACCCGAAGUCCAACAGCGCCUCGAGUCAAACCAGUGCAGCACGCGGAGCUUCUGACCCACUAAACCGAGGAGACCCGCGCCGCGCAGACAUGUCCACGGACCCGGAGCUGUUCGACUGCAUCGUGAUCGGGGCCGGGGUCCAGGGCUCGUUCACGGCCUACACCCUGGCCAAACGGGGCAAGAGGACUCUGCUUCUGGAACAGUUCGUCCUCCCGCACACUCGGGGGAGCUCUCAUGGACAGACGCGGAUCAUCAGAAAAGCAUACACCCAGGACUUCUACACUCACAUGAUGGAGGAGUGUUACCAGCUGUGGGCGGAGCUGGAGAAGGAGGCGGGGGUCAAACUCUACAGACAGACCGGCCUCCUGGUGAUGGGUCCAGAGAACAGUGAGUCUUUCCUGCAGAUAAAGGGCACUCUGCAGAGGUGCAAAGCUCCAACCGUGAGCCUCAGUCAGGAGGACUUCAGCUCCCACAUCCCCCACAUGAGGCUGGCUCCUGGGGACGGGGCCAUCGUGGACGUGAGCGCCGGGGUCCUGUACGCCGACAGAGCGCUCAAGACGGCACAGGACUUAUUUCAAGAAGCACGGGGCGUCCUCAGAGACCAGGAGAAGGUCGUGGACGUCCAACCGGGCCCCAUCGUCACGGUAACGACCUCUGCCAAAUCGUACCGGGCCCACAGUCUGGUGAUCACCGCGGGACCCUGGGCCAACCGUGUGCUGGCCCCCACCGGACUGCAGCUCCCCCUAGAGGUGGUGAAGAUAAACGUGUGUUACUGGAAAGAGAAGAGCCCCGGAUCGUACCACGUGAAGAAUCGAUUCCCGUGUUUCCUGCUGACGGAGGGAGAGGAGGCCAACGAGCACAUCUACGGGCUUCCCUCCAACGAGUACCCGGGACUGGUCAAGAUCUGCUUCCACAUGGGCAGCCCCGCCGACCCGGACCACAGGGACAGACAGACCGACCGCUCAGACGUGGACAUCCUCAGCCGAUACGUGACCCGCUGUGUCCCGGGACUGGAGCCAGAGCCGGCCAUCGUGGAGAGCUGCCUGUACACGCUGACUCCAGAUCACCAUUUCGUCCUUGACUCUCACCCUCAGCACAGAAACAUCGUGAUUGGAGCAGGAUUCUCGGGUCACGGGUUUAAGUUCGGCCCAAUGAUCGGGAAGCUUCUGAGUGAGCUGAGUCUGGGGGAGGAGCCGUCCUACGACCUUUCACCUUUCAGGAUCCGCCGCUUCCAGGGACUGUCCAAAUCCGCUCUGUGAACGACGACGCGAAGACGACAAGAAGAAGAAGAAGAAGAAGAAAGACCAAAAAAAAAAGAUGUGAUUCAUGUUUUUAAAGGGCCCAGAUUCUGUUUCCUCGUCACAAACAAACCUGGAGUUGUGUUUUGUUUCAUUCACACAUGUUUAACGCACAAACUCUUCAGAUUUAGACUGAGUUCUUUUCUCAAACUGUAAACAAAACACAACUCCAGGUCUGUUUUUGAGGACGUAACAACAUUAUAACAUGACUUAAAGCUCACAAAAGUCAAUUUUAAGCAAUGUAAUUUACAAAAAAUGAAAUUCCAAAGAUCAUUUACAAAUUUUAUUAACAUUAAAUACCGUAUUUUUCGGACUAUAAGGCGCAAUAUCAAUAAUGUUGAAUUCUCUCGUCUAUUUUCUUACAUAAGUCACACCGGAUUAUAAGGAGCAUUAAGUGAAACAAACGUACGACACUCGAGACUGAUGCUUAGUCCAGGCGUCCACGAUCCAUCGGCAAAUCGUGGCGUAAUUCGCCCGGCGUUGCCUCCCUGUCUUGGUGAAUGUGGAUUAUGAAGGUGAAUGUGGGUGAAUCAUUUAAUUUGUUUGUUUUUUAAUUUCCUACGAGGACGAUUCAAAUAUACAUCGAGUAAUAAUGUGUUUCAUGCAGCUUUGCGCACAUUUGUUUAUGUUUUACAGAAGCGAAACUUAAAAGCACAUGACUCAUUUGCAUAAACUAUAAACACUGAAAAAAAACACCUCGCUCCAUGUGUGCUAUUCUGUCGGACUAAAGGACUGACUACAGUAGCUGUAAUGCGCCGACAAUCCAUCAAGUGGUGCGGCUCCGUAGUUUACCAAAGUCGUACUAAAACAUUUUGACAGAUUUUUGAGCGCCGUGUACCACAUAAAAUCGGUGCGAGGUCAAUAAACACAACCAGAAUUCAUACAUAAAGCGCACUGUUGAUUUUUGAGAGAAUUAAAGGAUUUUACAUGCGCCUUAUAGUCCGAAAAAUACGGUAAGAGUAUUUUUUUAAUAGAACUACUUUUUAACACAUACAUUUAAAUUACUGCCAAAUUAGACUGUAUUAUUUCAUAUUAAUGUCAAAACAGGUGUUCCUAAUCAUGUUUAAAGGCGUCUGGAAUGUCCCACAGUAUGGCUUUAAACUUAAAUAACUUAACUAAAUAAUAACUAACUAAAACUUAAAUAAGCCUAUGUCAUCCUGGAGACAGAUCAUUGUAAUGCCAUACUGUGGAACAUUCCAAGUAAAGUCCAGGUAAACAUCUCAAUUCAGAAAAGGUAGAGAAACAGAAACAGUAGAAAAGUUACCUAAUGAAGCUUUAAAGGUCACUGCUCUGUCUAAAAUGUUCCACAGUGUGACAUUAAACAGCUCUACUUUACAUUUAUUCAAUUACAGGUGGUUUUAUUGCGUAAAAAUAUCUACAAAAACAACAUUCUGACUGUGAGCGGGGUCGCCUCUCCACAGAUCUGACCUGUAACUUGGUCUGGUUUGGUCUCUGUGAAGAUAGAAAGGUUUAAUGCCACACUGCGAAACAUUCUGUACACAGAAAUAACUUCCAAAGAGAAGUAUUUGACGAGCUCUGCGUCACAAAAGUUACACAAUGCAACUUUAAGCAAAUUAAAAUAAGAAACUGUGAUUAUUAAUAAUGUUCUUAAUCUGAGAAAUGCUGCAAAUGUAAUGUGUAAAAUGUAAAUAAAAUUGAUAUAAUUGUAAA